CAGCCCCAGUCCCAGCCCCAGCCCCAGCCCCAGCUCCAGUCGCAGCCCCAACCCUAUCCCAGUACCAGCCCCAGUCCCAGCCCCAGUCGCAGCUCCAACCCAGUCCCAGUCCCAGUCCCAGCCCCAGCCCCAACCCCAGCCUCAACC